GACAAUUUCCUCUCUCUCCGUCAUUUUCUUCUCUAUUCGGUCUCUGCGCGUAAUGACAGUAGAGAGAGAGAGAGAGCAGCACCGAAGACAAUAAUAAGCAAAGCGAUGGAUUCGUGAAUUCAAAGAAAUCCUUUUGAUUAAUUUUACGCCUUAACAAACCAACCACACCAAGACUUCAAACUAACUCAACAAAUACCCUCUCCUUCCUCACCUCCUCCUCUUCACCUUCCCAUCUCUCUUCUCUCUCUCUCUCUCUCUCUCUCUCUGGCGCUAGCUUAGAGAGCAAGAGGAAGAUAUCCAAAUGAAGCUCUCGGCGUUGCAGCAGAGCUACAUGAACCGCCGGAGCACCAGCUUCAGAGGAUCAGCUCCUUUAGAUUCGUCUUCUGAAGGUGCUAUCAAAUCUCCGGCAGCUAUCUUUUGGCUCCUUCUCCAUGGUGUUUGCUGCCUUAUUAGUCUCGUUUUAGGUUUCCGUUUCUCUCGUUUAGUUUUUUUGUUUCUUUUCUCCACCUCUACAUCUAAUCUCUACGGCCCGCCCUUUCGUCAGCUUACCUCCACUGUUGACCUUGCUAAUCCUCUUAAUGUUCCUUCUAAUCCGGUUGUUAACACCGAACUGCCUGCACUUAACAAAACCCUCAGCUCUAGAGUGGUUGUUGGCCGGCAUGGGAUCCGGAUCCGGCCUUGGCCCCAUCCUAACCCUGCGGAAGUUAUGAGAGCUCAUCAGAUAAUUGAGAGAGUUCAGAGAGAGCAGAGGAAUCAGUUUGGUGUGAAGAGUCCUAGGACUGUUAUCGCGGUUACGCCGACUUAUGUACGGACUUUUCAGAUGCUGCAUUUGACCGGUGUUAUGCACUCGCUGAUGCUGGUCCCUUAUGACGUCGUCUGGAUCGUGGUGGAAGCCGGUGGAGUGAGUAAUGAGACCGCUUCGAUCAUCGCCAAAUCGGGAGUUAAAACUAUUCAUGUUGGAUUGAACCAGAGAAUGCCGAAUUCGUGGGAGAGACGGCAUAAAUUGGAAGCCAAAAUGCGGCUUCAUGCUUUGAGAAUUGUGAGAGAGCAGAAGCUAGAUGGGAUAGUGAUGUUUGCUGAUGAUAGCAAUAUGCAUAGUAUGGACCUAUUUGAUGAGAUCCAAAACGUGAAGUGGUUUGGUGCUGUUUCCAUUGGGAUUCUUGCUCAUUCAGGUGGUGCUGAUGAGUCAUCAUCGGCUACAGUUGAGGAUGUUGAGAAAAGAUCAUCAAUGCCCAUUCAGGGUCCUGCUUGUAAUGCAUCUAACAAGUUGGCUGGUUGGCACACCUUUAAUUCUCUACCCUACGAGGGGAAGGCUGCAAUCUAUAUUGAUGAUAGGGCAACUGUGCUGCCUCAGAAGCUGGAAUGGGCUGGGUUUGUGGUGAAUUCAAGGUUGCUUUGGAAGGAAUCUGAAGAUAAACCUGACUGGAUGAAGGAUUUAGAUUCUGUUGAUGAGGAUAUAGAGAGUCCUCUAUCUCUAUUGACGGACACUUCUAUGGUGGAGCCACUGGGAAGCUGUGGAAGACAAGUUUUGCUUUGGUGGCUCCGUGUUGAAGCUCGUAGUGAUAGUAAAUUUCCUCCGGGAUGGAUAAUUGAUCCACCUUUGGAAAUAACGGUCCCAUCAAAACGAACACCAUGGCCAGAUGUUCCUCCUGAACUACCUGCUACUGAAAAGGCAGUGAUUAGCAUCCCAGAGCACACUGUUAAGCAUGCAAAAACACGGUCAUCCAGAUCGAAACGCAGAAGCAAGAGAAAGCAUGAAGCAAAAGUGGUGGACACUCAGGUUUCUGCAAGACAUUCUGAGCAAAACUGAAACUUUUAAGUGAGAACAUCAUAUAUACUGCUUUGUGAAUUUGAGACUGCAGGACUUCAACCAUCUAGGAAUUUCAUUGAUAGAUCAAAAGACCCGGCACGAUCUCGAUGGUUGGCAGCUGCAUUUGAGAAGCCAGCUAUUACAGUUAGCGCAGUUGAUAUGUUCGUCUGAGUUUGAUUUCCACCUAUUACUUCAAUUUUUUUUACAUUCUCUUUUUUUCCUUUUACAUGUUGAGGUUGAUUCACGGAAGGGCUAAUAUCACGUCUACUGCCAAGGAAAAAAAAAGCUAGUAUCUUGUAUCUGAAAUGCUCCACAUUUUAUACGUAAAUCUUUUGAAUAGGAAUAUAUAUAGAGUUGUGUUCAGAUGUUGGAUUCGGUAGAAACGAAACGCAUUGUAAUAAAAUUUUCAUUCAUUGCACAA